GCGAGACUCGUUAUUACUAGAGGUGCUGGCCUCAACCUGAGUACAGCACAGUACUCGCAUCCCAAGCCGAUAUUACCGGCCAAAAUCAAAAGCCCGUCCCUGAUUCUUACCUAGGCGCAAACAACCGAACCACACCGCGCCUGCAAAAAUUAAGGCUCAUCUCUCAUAACCUUUCGGCACCACCAGCUGUCCUCUCUUCUGGAUAUCUUUGAUUUCUGAGUAAUAGCUACCAACUCAAUUCUCCUAUCGUUGGGGUUCCCAGGGGAGGAGGGGGGUAAUUGUUUUUGCCACCAACAGCUAUGCCCGGGGGACAGACUCAUCUAAGCUCUAAACCAGGAUCUGGUGUCAGUGAACAGGCUUUGCAGCCCUAUAAGGCAGGCUUUGGAGGCAUGCCCCGGAGACGCCUUACGAUGCUCAUGACUUUCCAGGUUAUUACCAAUAUGAAAGUGGAUGUAGCCCAAUUAAGAACAAUUGCGGCAGUUGCGGAUUUCCAGCUCAAAAACAUCAAAUCCUUGUUCGAUGAGGUGAAGAGAGACCUUAAGGAUCUUGGUAACAAGGGUGAUAGGAAGAUGGACAAAACAGAAAUAAAACAGACUCCACAAGUGGGAAAGUUAUGCAGUAGGCCUAAUAUCGUAGUUUGCAUACAAUUUACAUAGAUCGAGGCUUCAAGAUGAUAGUGUUUACUAU